AUGGGGAAUGUGUUAUCGAAGUGGAUCGCACCCCAGCCAGCAGGGGAGGCAAGUGAGAAGAAGAAAAAGGCAGGGUUGGGGCCAGGUUCCUGGCCACCAGAAACAGCCACGCCGCCCAGCCCAGAGCAGAUGCCGAUCCGCAUCGAUUCUCCCCAAAUGUUGUUAGCAUCAACCACAGAAAAAAGUUCUUCCCUCCACAUCCACCCAUCCUCUUCCUCCACUCACCAGCACCAACACCACCACCACCACCACCCCGGUCUGACCAACACCAAUCCAGUGUCGAGCUCAGUUUCCAACCCAUCCACCGUGCUACCUCGAGCUGCCACGAAACGUGCGCAGCUCACCGUCACGACGUCUUCCACAAAGCGCCGUAAAGUAGCAGAGCCUCGCAGACCAGGAUCGCUUCCGGGUUUGUCGUUCGCCUCGCAGGCCGGAAGACGUCACGGUCAUUCCUCCUCCGACAAGGCCUCGCCCUCUUCGCGCUCCUCCCGUCACCCUUCCUCUCCUUCCCGAUCGCAUCGCAGCACUCAGAGCUCCUCGGCCUCACCGCCUCCCCGCUACAUUCCCGCUCACCUGCAGGACGAAGUCCUCGCCUCUAAAUCCCACUCCACCGCUCGUUCCCCUACCCCGGACUCCGCUGGAAGUGUCCUCGACUAUCCCGCAGCCGCCUGCGCUGGCCUGACCCUCCACAGUGACCCUGCGACCGAUAUGUCCGGCUCUGACGACAAGGGAGACUCCACCCUCCCGCUUGCCGGGGCCGAUGCUCGCGAAACCUCCGCUUCGGAGAAUGAAGUGGUGAACGAUGUGGAGAUGGACUUGGUUCCGACAGAAAAGGACGACAGCCAGACCCGUUCCGACCACCCGGAUUCGAUGGAAACCACCACCACCACCUCGGGCGACGACAACGUAACCAACUCGGCGUCGGACAGUGUGUAUCCCACUCCUUCCAGCAUGUCCACCUAUACCGCCCCCACAGAGACCCGGGCCCAUUCUAAAGCAGAGGCCGGCGUUGCGUCAGCUGAUCGACCCUCUUACGAUGACCAGGUCGCACAGGUGACCCAGUUUAUGAUGCAGCCCAUGAAGGAAAAACAAAAGGGAUAUGUGGUGUCAAAUUCGUGGCUGAAGCGAGUGUACUCGCGGAGUGCUACGCAUGCCGACAAGGCCGACAAGACGGCGAUGGAGGGAGACAUCGGUCCCGUCGAUAACUCGGAUAUUGUCCUGGUCACUGACCCGGCCAACACGGGCUUCAAGGACGAGGAGGGCGAACCCUUUGUUCCUUUGAGGCCUGGCUUGGAGCUCGGCGAAGAUUUUGAGAUCAUCCCUCAGGGAGGCUGGGACCUGAUCAUGCAGUGGUAUGGUUUGGCAGAACAGUCCCCGGCCAUCGUCCGUUACGUUCACAACACCGCCGCCGUAGGCGACCAGGAGAACCUGCAAUACGAAAUCAACCCUCCGAUCUUCACAAUCUUGAAGCUCACGAACCCGUCUGCCGGCACUUCCAUCAAGACAAUGAAGGAGAAGACGAUGGCUCCAGUGAGAACCCUGGCCAGUCGGCAUACCAACUUCCAGAAGUGGCUGAAGAACGCCAAAGAACUUGCUCACAUCGACAUGUCGACCAAGGUUCGCGUUUGGAGGAUUCUGGGUGGUCUCGGUAGUGCCACGGCAUCCGCAGCAGCCACCCCAGCCGCAUCCCGCAGUGCUUCUCCAGCCCCGUCCGCCUCCCUCAUCGCCAACGCUGGAAGCAACCUCGUUCUCGACCUGAACACCUUCCUUUCCCUGUCUGAGGGGUCGCAGCGUGAGGUACUCGAUGAGCCGAAGGACCAGACGAACAAUCCCAACUACAAUGGUAAAAUGACUCUGGGCGUUGCGGGUCUCAACAGCAGCGAAAUCAUCGUAUUGGAGGAGAAGCUCCCUGGAACCAGCGGAGACUGGGUGUCGGAAGCCUCCAAGCAGACACUCAACCGUCUGGGGGUGCCAUCCGGUAACCUGAAGAACGGAGCUCCGGCAAAGGUGAAGACCAAGAGUCCUGCUACCAGCGGGCGAUCAUCCCCGGUUUCAGAGCCCAUCAGGGGACGACGCAAGGACGGGAAACCCCGCGGCUGCACUGGUCUGAGCAACCUUGGGAACACCUGUUACAUGAACUCGGCCCUGCAGUGCGUUCGCAGCGUGGAGGAAUUGACCUACUAUUUCUUGAAUGACGUUUACAAGAAGGAUCUCAACCCCAGCAAUCCUUUGGCUCACAACGGUGAUGUGGCUAAAGCAUAUGCCAACAUGUUGCGUCAGAUGUACGAUGAGGCAGGUCAAUCUUCGUUUGCGCCUCGUCAAUUGAAGCACACCAUCGGCCGUUAUGGGCCGGCCUUCUCCGGUUACGGACAGCAGGACUCCCAGGAAUUCCUUCUGUUUCUUCUGGACGGUCUCCAGGAGGAUCUCAACCGUAUCAUGAAGAAGCCCUACAUUGAAAAGCCGGACUCGACGGACGAAAUGGUGCAUAACAAGGAGGCUCUCGCGGAGUUUGCGGACAAGUGCUGGGACAUCUACAAAGCCCGCAACGAUUCCGUCAUUACCGACCUCUUUGCUGGUAUGUACAAGUCGACGCUGGUCUGCCCUGCUUGCGACAAGGUCAGCAUCAUUUUCGACCCUUUCAACAACCUGACCCUUCAGCUUCCAAUCGAGAACCUCUGGGGCAAGGAGAUUUUCUACUUCCCCUUGAACAAGAAGCCGGUCCUUGUCGAUGUCGAAAUCGACAAGAACGCCAGUGUCAAGGCGCUGAAGGAGCAGGUCGCAAAGAAAAUGGGAACCGACCCUGAGCGCCUCGUGAUGGCCGAGAUCUACAAGAACAAGUUCUACAAGAUGUUCGACAACACGAGCUCGAUUGCUGAGUGCCAGAUCAGCGGCAACGACGACAUUGGUAUCUACGAGGUCGAGUCGGUACCUACCAACUACAACCCCGACAAGCCCCAGAAGAGCUACUUCUCCUUCAGCCGCUCGGAUCAUGAGGAGAUCCCCAGUCUGGACUCGCCUCGCUCCGACCGCUUGCUCGUCCCCAUCUUCAAUCGAGUCGAGAAGAAACGGGGAAACAACCCUAAGAAUGCGCAGCGGUCGCUCUUCGGAGUUCCGUCGUAUGUGGUCAUCAACCGGGAGGAGUUUGGGGACUAUGAUACGAUCUUCCGCAAAGUCCUGUCGCAGGUCGCUUCGAUGACCACCCGUGACUUCCUGAAUGAGGAGAACACGACAGAGGUCAGCCAUGAAGACUCAGAUACCGUUAUAAUGAACGAGGAUGAUGCGGAGUCGGCUGACUCGAAGAUCAAGACCGCGUCCGUGGACGGCGAGGACGGCAUGGUCGAUGUCUCGAUGCGUGACGCAGAUGACAGUUCAAGCGAUGCUCCAGCCCGCUCCGAAAACGCUAUUCCCCCGAAUGUGCGCGGUCUUUUUGAGAUGAAGAUCAUCAAGUCGAGCAGCGAGGUUGUUCCCACUGGAUGGUCCACCGUGGAUGACCACAAGGAGUACCCCAAGAUGUCGUUCAGAAUCAAGACACCGGUGAAGAAGCAGAAACAGUCUGUGGACAGCACAAAUGGCACGGAGCAGAAGGAUGACGAGUCCGGAGAUAAGAGCUCUGACAGUGCCAGCGGUGAAUCGGCUCCUAAGCCCAAGGCUCAGGACCGGCCGAUGAUCCGCCCCGGUGAGGGUAUUGUAGUGGAUUGGACUGAGCAAGCUCACGACGCUCUUUUCGCCGGAAGCAGUCGAGACAAGAACUCCCUUCGUGGUGCGCCCACAUGGACGGACGUCGAACGUGUGCCUGACCCGGAGCUGAGCAAGCGCCGUACUCUGCGCCAGAACCGGAAGAAGCGGGGCGUGACGCUCUACGAGUGUCUGGAUGAGUUCAACAAGGAGGAGGUCCUUUCCGAGAACGAUGCUUGGUACUGCCCCCGCUGCAAGGAGCACCGUCGGGCCAGCAAGAAGUUCGAAUUGUGGAAGACCCCGGACAUUCUGGUCAUGCACCUCAAGAGGUUCAGCGCCAGCCGCGGAUUCCGCGACAAGCUGGAUGUCCUGGUCGACUUCCCUGUGGAAGGACUCGAUAUGACCGGCAGAGUUGAGUCGCCUGAAGAGGGCAAGAGUCAGAUCUACGACCUCUUCGCUGUCGACAAUCACUAUGGAGGCCUUGGUGGCGGACACUACACAGCGUACGCCAAGAACUUCUUUACCGGGCAGUGGAACGAGUACAACGAUUCUUCCGUCUCGCGACCAAUUGAUCCGCAGAGUGUGGUCACCUCAUCGGCGUAUCUGCUGUUCUACCGGCGCCGAUCCGACCGGCCACUGGGCGGCAAGGUGCUGGAGGAGAUCACGGAAGCGUCGACACGGCCGAACAGCGACGUGGACUCGCAGUCCGAGUCUCGCGGACAGUCGCCGUCGGGGGAAGGCCGGCGUCUCGGCGGCUCCUCCCGCAAUGGGUCGUCGAGCGCCUUAACCGGAGUCGGAGCAGCUCACCAAUCGGGAGAUGGUGGUUUGCCAACUGGAACCCAAACGAAGAGCGGGGAUGAUGACUGGCCGCCGGGCUACACCAACGUCCCGUCAUUUGGCGAGCAGAGCCUAGAUCGCGCGACGCAAUCGGAAGGUAUGAAUUUCGAAGAUGAGGAGAUUGGCGGGGGCACGCAGCCCAGCCCGUUCCACCCUCAGGACGACACACCCUCGUGGUCGUUCAGUCGCGCCACAGAUGCUCACGGCCCUUCACAGAUGACCACAGUUUCAACUGACGACGAGGAUCUACUCGACGAUGACGCGAGCAACCGGGCGGUAGACGACGGCGACGUCAGCGACCCGGACCUUCGGAUGGCCUCUUUGAUGGACAGUCCACGCGGGGCCGCCUAUCCAGGUACCCCGAUGGAGGAGACGUCAUUCCCGGACAUUUCGGCAUUCGCAGCGGACGGCGAAGAUGAUGAGGAGGAUGAGUUGCCGGUGGUAGAACUCCAAGUGCAUGAUGAGGACCAGACACUGCCGUAGACAAGGGGGAUGAUUCUCCCAAUCUCUCUUACUGUCUUUUGGAAAUGUGCAACGAAUGAUUACAGGUGUUUAGAUCGCCUCACAGGGGAUGGCGAUAAUGAUCUUUCGCAGAGUGGAUGAUGAUUUCGAGGAAUGAAGUCGACGACUCCCUUAUAAUAGCCAUGGUGUUUUGUUUUCUACGCAGCCCGGGAAUAGAGAGGGCCGUGGAUGGUUGCAUGCAUUUUUACGGGAUCGGAUGGCGGGUGCCGUCCUGCAUUACAUGUAUUUUCGGAGCAGCUGGAGAUGUUUUCAAGCAAAAAAAGGGGUGUUGAGUGAGGUGAUGUUUUGCAGAGGGAUGAUAUGGGGAUGAUGAGUGUGUAUGGAUGAACCACGUGGGAGGUCAUGGCGAGUCACACGCAUGUGGCCGCUGUCAUGCGAUGCUGCAAUGCGAGGCUACUGCUAAAUAUAUACUACUACUUUCAUACCAGCCAGGCCAUAGAAUUCAAGUUAUGUGGUCUUUU